AAGUUUAACUGAUUUCCCUUUCUUUAAAGGCGCACACAUCUCAUUCACAUACUUUUUCUGUCUUUAGGUUUUCAAUUUAUUUUAUGGGAAAAUCGCUGCCCGGCGCAACCAAGCUUCAACAUCUCGCAAAGGUUACCGGCGCCGCCCACCAUCUUAACACAACUGGGAAAAACCCAAAACCCACUACUCUGAACCGGCGGAUUAUAAGUGAAGACAACAAACCCAAUUCCAAGAAGAAGAUGGAGAGCUCCAGUGCCAGUCAACGCCUCCCACUUUCCGAAGUCGUCUCCGAUUGCGUUAAACGUUGGUUCAAAGAUACUCUCAAGGAAGCCAAAGCCGGGGACGUUAACAUGCAGGUUCUUGUGGGUCAAAUGUAUUAUAGCGGUUAUGGGGUUCCCCGGGAUGCCCAAAAGGGAAGAAUUUGGAUGACAAGGGCGUCGAGGCUGCGGUCUUCUGUUUGGAAAGUCAGCGAUAAGCAUCCAGGUUAUAAUGCGAGUGAUUCAGAUUCUGAUGAAAUCAAGGGUGAUUCUUGAGUUUAACAUACUUGGUCUCUGCAUUUCGAACAUUUAGAAUCGGUCCACAUGGUGGUCAUGCCUGUUUUGUCUCCUUGAAAGUUCCUUGUUCCUGUGUUGUAACUCUUUUUUUUUUUUUUUUCCCUUUCUUUUUUGUAAUUUGGUUUUGGUUUUUAUAAAGUGUUCCUUUUUUAUAUAUAUAAAAAAAUACACAAGUCAUCUGUUUAUUAUCAUAAUAUAACUUGUUAAUGUUGCCUUUAGACGCAGGAACACUGUUGAAUUAUGAUUUUUCUGGAAAAAAAAUCCGUUUGAUCCAAA